UGUCUCCGCUCUCCUUUCCUUCCUCGAGUUGAGCAACCACCAUCACGAGGUGUUCCAUUUCGCAAUUAGAUCUUGAAUUUCGCAAGGCUGGUCAAAACAAACCUAAAAAUUCCAAGAUUUAGAAUAUUAGCAUUCUCACAUGCACGCUGAGGUUGGGUUUGCCCCACAAGACUGAAGAUGGUUCUCGUAGAAAAGAUUUUUGCCUUUCUCUUCGAGUUGGUACAAAAGUUCAACUAUUUGUCGCUGGCUUUCGUCGUGCUUGCAAUCUUGCUAGUUUGGCAGUUGAUUCGGAUAUGGAAAGCACCAUUGGCAGCAGUGAAUCCAUUUUCAACAGAGUUUUUGCGAAACCCGAGUCCAUUGGUGACUGACAAGAGCAAGAGGGAUGCUGUUAUCAAAGACGGGUUCUCGUCAAAGAAAGUGCCUAGCAAUCUUGAUGCUAUUAUAAUUGGUAGUGGAAUUGGAGGCCUAACAACGGGUGCCCUGAUGGCAAAAUCUGGAAAGAAAGUUUUGGUUCUAGAACAACAUGACCAAGCAGGAGGAUGUUGCCAUACUUUUAUUGAAAAAGGUUUUGAGUUUGAUGUUGGGAUUCACUACAUUGGCAAUAUUACAGGACAGUCUAUGAACAGGGUUCUGACUGACCAGAUUACUGAUGGACAACUUGAUUGGGUUCCACUUGACGAUGUUUUUGACACAGUUGUGAUUGGCGACCUAGAGAAAGACCCUAGAAAAUUUCCAAUUGUAGGAACAGGUCCAGAGGAAUUCAAGAAAACCCUCAUAAAGCAUUUUCCCAAUGAAGAAAAAGGAAUUAACUCAUUCAUGGCAUUAUUAAAGAAAGCUAGAAAAAGUGUCACUGGCUAUAUUUUGGUGAAGACAUUGCCUUUAUGGAUGUCCAAAAUUCUAAUCAAGACUGGUUUGCUCAACUAUGUGACUGACUUUUUCAAGUUUUCCGAGAAGACUGUCCUAGAUGUACUUGAUGAAAUCAUCACAGACAAGGAUUUGAAGGCAGUGCUAGCUUAUAACUUUGGCGAUUAUGGUACUAUCCCUAAAGAUGCCCCAUUUAUAAUGCAGAGCCUCCUUCUGAAUCAUUUCAUGCAUGGUGGGUAUUACCCUUCUGGUGGAGCAAGUGAGAUUGCCUUUCACUCUGUUCCUGUCAUUAGAAGAGCUGGGGGAAAUGUACUUGUCCGAGCACCUGUAACUGAGAUUUUGGUGGACAACUCUGGGAAUGCCAUUGGCGUAAGGGUGAAAAAAGGAGGUGAAGAUUUUGAUAUAAAAGCACCACUGGUUAUAUCAGAUGCUGGCAUAUACAACACCUAUGAGCGUCUGCUUCCACCAAGCUUGAGACAGAAACCAGAAAUAAAAGAAGCUCUGUCUUGCAUCAGACAUGGGCCCGGAGCACUCACUGCCUUUGUUGGACUUGAUGCCACUAAGGAAGAGCUUGGAGUGAAGCGUCAGAAUUUCUGGGUCUACUCAGAUAAUGAUUUUGACAAAAUCUUUGAUGAUUACAUGAGUCUGAGUGCUUCCGAGGUCGGUACCAAGGACAUACCCUUGUUGUUUGUCUCGUUUCCUUCCACAAAGGAUCCAACAUGGGACCAACGCUAUCCUGGAAAAACAACUUGCGCAAUUGUAACAUUAGGAAACUACAACUGGUUUUCAGACUGGGAUGGAGCGAGAGUUGGCAAACGUGGUGAUGAUUAUGAAGAAAUCAAAAACAGAAUCGGGGAGCGCAUGUGGCAGCAAACUUGCAAACUUUUCCCUCAAAUCAAAGACAAAAAAGAAUACUUUGAGGUUGGUUCACCUGUAACCAACAAUUACUACAUCGGUUCCCCACGUGGAGAGAUCUAUGGUGCCGAUCACAACAGGGCACGUUUCAGCCCAGAAGCGGCUGCAACCCUUAGGCCUAAAACGUCAAUACCAGGUCUUAUACUCACUGGGCAGGAUGUGUUCACAUGUGGCUUUUCAGGUGUGUUUGGGGGUCUGAUGGCUGCUUCGGAGGCGCUGCAUCGCAACUUGCUGGUCGACAUCGUAAGAUUCACAGGGAAAAUGAAACGGGAAGCAGAGAAAAAGGUGCAAUGAAAGACUUUAUGAGUCAAUGAGUGAUAAGAUGCAUUUAGCAUGCAUAAAUUUAGUGAAUUCCUAGGCAUUGUCUCUGAUUGUCCGCUCAUACAAUGUGUAGUCAUAUCAAUAUAGUACUGGAAAUGUUAAACUGUUAAUGAUUUGUUUUUAGUUUUUA